AUGUAUGCUGAGAAAGUCGUGACAGAGGGGAAGAUGGGUGAGUUAACAUGUUACAUACACUGCUGUCCUUGCUUCCUUUUUUCCACGCCCCUACUCAAACACACACACACACACACACACACACACACACACACACACACACACACACACACACACACACACACACACACACACACACAUAGAUUUAAUGCUGAGCGGUCAUGCUGCAGCUCAUGCGGCCUGUUUUUCUGUAUUUGGGACCAGACAUCAGUCUGCUGCACAAGUUAAAAAUUAACUGGUUUGUUUAAAGCUUGCUCUCUCUUUCUUGAUUCACUGGAUUUAUUUUUCUGCUUGAAAAGAAAUAACCAGUUUGGUUGUAAUUAUCUUUGUCCAACUGGAUCAAGUCCAGUGACAACUAGAAAUGUGAUAACUGGGUCCAGAUAUGACUGCUUACCAUUACCCAGACUUCAACACAGUUGUUUUGUUAUUUAGUAUAUUACAAUCAAUCAAUCAAAUUUUAUGUAUAUUGCGCCAAAUCACAACAGUCGUUAUCCCAAGACAAAAAAGAGCAGGUCUGACAACAUGCUUUGCUUUCAGUACCCACCCUACUGUACUUAAUCAAACACUCUCCCAUGACCAUGUACGAUCAACCUGAAAAUCCACAUCUGCUUCUCACUUGGCAGGUGAUUAAAAGCAGCAAAGUAGUAUUGAAGUGUUGGCAAAUUUUAUUUAGCUUUAUGGCUCAUAAUGAGUUUACUGCAUAUUAUAUAGCACUGCUUUAUAGAGGCUGAGAUAAGAGUACAUGCUGUGUUUGCUGUUGCUAGAAAGAACUACAGUCAAAGUGCAUCAGGGAACUGUGUUAUGAUAUGAAAGCUAGUGGACACCUUUUAUACUUUUUUUUUUCAGGUGAAGUAAAUCAAAUUUCAAUAAUUUGCAAACACAAUUCAUUCACACCUUUUUAGUUAUAUAUACAAUUUACAGAACCCAAAGAACAGAUCAAACACUUACCUUACACUCUGAGUGCCGGCACAAAGAAAACAGUGGUCUGCAAAUGAGCAAAAGUCUGCAUCAGAUCUUCAAAUCCUCUCCUUCUCUCUUCAACACAUCCUCUCGGUAGUUUAGUCCUUGUUGUGAAGAUACUUACUGUCAGUGUUUGAGGCCAGAUGUUUGACUUCACAGUUUCUGCAGCCAGACUGAAAGGAGUCCACCCAUAUGCAGUGAAUCAGACUGUGUAUUUGGUGUGCAUAAUUACAGGAGAAACUCAGUCUACCAGAGGAGUGGCACACAUGGUCUGACUUAGGGUGUGUGUAGAUGAGGUGAGACAUUAUCUAUUUUCAGACAUAAACUUUGGUUACCAUAAUCCUGACAUGCCUUUACACACGUGAGAACAAGGAUAGAAACAUAAAUAUACAGGUACCCAUGGUAAGAGCGGAGCAUUCGUUCAUCAGGCUAAUAUUUACUGCACACUGUGAUUGUUUAUUUUCACUCCUUUGCCUUGACAACCACAACCAGUAUGAGUCAUAGCUUCUGCUGCGUCUUCAUGUGUUUAUUUGAGGUCUGCUCUUACCACUUCACUGUUAUCUUGCUUCAUCCUAUUUACCACACCCAGGUUCACUUAAGUCUGCUCAGGAUAAACCUCAGUUCUCAUAUAAAAGUCCUUUUCCCUGUUUAGUUUGGAGUGAAUAUAUGUUUAGAUAAGUCCUCUUAAGUGUUUGACAGACAAGCGCCAUUAAAAUCUGAUCUUCUUGUACUGACUGGGGUUUUAUAGGCUGUUUCCUGCAGUUCAAACUUUUCUUUUCUAACUGAUUGGGAAUCAGUUAGAUAAAAGUACAAAAAAAUAGGGUACAGGUUGUAAAAGAAAAUGAAAGUCCCUUUUAACUGUUUUAAUGUGAAAACUGUGUCAAAUCUAUAAAAAAAGGACCUACCAAGGAACUUUUGACAAAUAAAUCAAAGUGGUGGGUUCUAUAUUUUCAAAGAGUAGUUACAAAAUACAGUUAAAACCUAAAACUGUAUUAAUGUUAACUCCCUCAUCUGACCUGGCGUCCUGGCUCCCCCUUGCCUUAGCAUUUUUGCGUUGUAUCUCCUCAAUUUCUAGUCGUGAUAGCAGCUGCCGUUUGUGGAUGUUGGAACUCUGAGCUACUAGCUGUUUUGGUGUAUUGACUCUGGGUAUUGCAGCAUCCAUAUAUCCCUCAGCCUGUUCAUGUAACCCCGCUGGUUGGGGUUACUGGAGUAGUAGCAUCCCAACAGCGCCUUGUUCUCAUCUCGUGUCCAUUGCCUUCUCUUUGUUGUUCUAGUAGCCCAUUCCUUAUCACAAUGCCCUGGUUCCUCAGCAUGUGACGCAGACCUUGUUAGCCUGGGUGAGGUCAGAGCUGAUUUGGAUUUCAAUUGUAACGCACUCAUGUUUAUGAGGUACACCAUAGCGCUAACGUUCUGACCCAAUUAUUGGGUUACUCUCAGAAAAAUAAGCCAUAAUUAUUAACCCAUUCAAAAAACCCUCAAAUUGGGUUACAAUAGAAUCCAUAUGACUCAAGAAAUGGGAAUAGGGUUGAAGAAAUAACCCAAGAGUUUUUAGAGUGUAGCCACAGCUAAUGCUCAGAACAGCACCUAAUUUCAUCAACGGUACAUAGAGGGUCCCAGCCAUAGUACUAGCCACCAAACAUCUUUUUAGCUUUGCCUGAUUUCUUUAGCAAAGAGACCAAACACAACUCACCCACUCUCCUCCAGCAGCCACUUGUUUGUGGGGGAGCCCUGACGAGUCGAUCACCGAGUGCAGCGGAGUUUCACAGCUCUUUAAAAGGCACACAUUACUCAUUAUUAUUAUCCAGCUCUCUAACUAAUCACACAGCUGUCUUAAAUGCUCGAUUCUGAUUGGUCAAAACCUCCCGACAACUGUCAUUAAUUCUGGAUAGUUACAGUGAUGGCAGGGACAGAAAGUAUGAAAGGAUUUUGGUCAAUGAGACGAUAAGAUAUAUCACCAGACAAAAUAUCGGGAUACUAUGCUGUAUCAAUUUUUUCUCCCACCCCUACAGCUGACUACACACUAUCUCUUACAUAGCUGGUGACAAAGCAUUCAAUAUAUCAUCUAACUCACAUGCGUCAAACAAACAUCAUGUUAAAGGAAAGAGUUGGGUUUAUUUUGAGCGACUGGGAAGUAGAUACAAUUUCAUCAAUCAAACUAUGACUAAGUAUUUCAAACAUUGUUGAUAAAAAUAAAAACAGCUGCCAAGCUUGCAUGUCAGACCCUUUUAUCAAUCAACCAAAGUACAUCUGCUAAUGACCACUGCCUAUGCGGCUGAAUGGCUCAGAAAACUUGUGAACCAGCCUGGGGCUCUGAUGGUUUGACAGAAAUAAAUAUGGGAACACAAUAACGAAAUCCAGAGGGUUUACCGCAACAAAACAAACUUCUGCCGAUGCUUUUAGAAACAACGUCUACAGAAAAGAAAUCUGUUUCUGUUUAAGUUUCUUUCAGACACAAAAAGUUGCUUUCUUUGAGAACUCUAUGUAAUUAAGUACUCCAGAUGAAACCCAUCAAGACCCAUGUCAAGAAGAGCAGAAAUAAUGUGUUCAGUUUUACUCAUGUUUAUUUACUAACUCAGUGGAGUGUAGUAGUGGUCUGGAUGACAAAAAUGAAAAUUUUUCUGAACUCGAACUGUGUUGUUUUAUCAUAAGUAUUUUCUCUCAUCAUUAGGCUUGGUGUGGGUGUGGACAGCCUCACGUCUCAUCUGGUCCACAGCUGCUUUUUCAUCCAAAAGUCAGGGGUUAAAAUGGUGAAACUUCAUGCCUGCUAUGUACAGCCAAGGGUUUCCUAAGGGAUGAGUCAUGUCGCAGUAAACCUUUUCCACCAAACUGCUUCUGUCUGGUCAUGUGACUCAAGGAUGAGGGUAGACAUAAUCCAAAAUAAGACGAAUGUGCGUACGAUAUGUCUGAGUUGGCUGGUUACUAACAGUAAGAGAUGAGUCAUUCUUACCUCUCAUGCCAGCCUUAUUUGAAGCAGUGGUAAUAAACCAUGGAAAAAAUGCAGAUACUUUAUACUGCUUACUGAUCUGAUGAGUUUGAAACACAUAUUUUUAUCACACGAAAAAGACUGAAGCUUAUUUACUCUGGUAGUGUUUCUAAUAUGAUCACCCAGGCUGAUUUAAGUUGUAUUUAUAGAUCAUAGAUGUUUCAGCUGUAGCCUGAUGAACCUGUUGUUUCAUUUGAACUCUCAGCGUUCGCAUCAACUGCACCAGCACUACAUAUGACAUCUUUUCCAUCUUCUGAACCAGAACAUGAGAGUGUAAUGCCAUGGUAAUUUCAGAGGAAUCUGACUCAUACAACACACACAGGCAGACACACAGCGGCAGGUGGUCUCAGGUAAAAGUGGACACAAAAGAGUGCUUGUUCUGUCCUGAACCGUGAGCAGGGCAGGAGAAAAAGAAACGAGAUUUGUGAAUGAUGGGGGUGGUCAGCGCUGGUGUCGUGGUGUUUGUGCUGGAUUCAAAGGCUGUAGAAGAAACACUGGAGUAUUUCCUUGAAAACACAAUCUGGAAGACUGAGCCUGUGUGUCCCUUUGAUAAUACAACAGUCUCAGUGGUUAAACAGCCAGACAAAAAGCAAACAGAGAAGGAGAGAGGUGUGAGCAAAAGGGGGGAAAAGGAAAAUACGAACAAAAAUAUUCAGGAGGGGAGAGAAGAUGGGCUUUUUCAUGAUCACAUAAAAAGGGAGUGCCUCCUGGUUUGGACGGUUGCAUUUGGUAGACCUAUUGUCAAGAUUUAUGCAAACAUUGUUCUUCCUCAAGUGUUUUCACAGAAAAUGAGAAAGACUGGAAUUGCAAGAGAGCGGGAAAAAUGAGCGAUAGAGACCGUAGCAGGAAGGAAACGAGGAGUGCUGAAUGUUUUCUCAGAUUCGAUAGGAAGCUCAAAAACUGACAGCGUCUACAGUUACCUUCUGGCAUAUUACUGGAAGGCAUGACUACCCCAGCCCUGACCUUAUUAUACGACCUAAAGACCAGAGAAUCUUUAUAAAACCAAAUGUUCCCACUUAUUGUUAGUGACAGGCCCUGAACAGCUGAUAUUUAUCUGCUUUGCUUGAUUUGCUGGGCUUUCACUGUUUUCCUUCUUCAACAGUAUUAUCAUCCAUAUUUAUUAUUAUUUUGAUCCUGCAGAAAUAAUCAUAUUUUUUUCUGGCUAAAACAAGUCAACAGUUCUGCUGUGAAAGAUUUAAGUCCCCAUCAGUUUUUGUUGCACCUAGUUAGCUGGGAGAACUUACACCCGGAUCGUACUGGUUUAUUAAUUUUGUGAAAAUCUCAGCAUAACUUAAACAUCCUGUGAGGAAAUUUUAACUACAUUAGAAAAAUCUCACCUGCAACAGCAAAUGAGCCCGUCUGUGUGAAGAUAGGAUACUUCUAAACUGUGAAAACGGGGAAAACAGCACCAGUGGUCGGGUCGGGACCACGGACGAAAUGAUUUAUGGCGCUCAGAUCAGAGACAACAUGCAUGCUUUUUUUCUUUAUUUUGCACUGACAACACGCAUAUUACUGUCACUACACAAAUGGAGACAAUGUCUUUCAGCAGGAGACUCCUGCAGACACCGUGCCAUGCUACAGCUGCAGCCACAGAGUGAGAAGCUCCUCCACACUGGAGGCAGACAGAGCAGCUUUGUGUCACUAACCUCAGUAGUCCUGCUCACUCCACAGCGGACUGACCCAGACUCGUUCCCUAUUUUAAAAACAUUUACAAAGUUAGUUACAUCAAACUGCUCACAAAAAGUUAGUUUCUGGAGCCCUGACAUGUGAGCCAGAAAAGUGUCGUUAGCGCUAAAAAACUUUUGUCCAAAGUGGCCACAAAGAUCUACAGAAAAUGAAAACUCCUUCCAGCUGCUUUAAUUGACCUUAGAAAAUAACUGACAAAUACCAGUGUGGGUGUACAGUGCCUGGGUGUGUGACAGUCAAGCAGAGCUGGAGUGGACUUUUUUAUCUGUGUAUUAUUGAUGUUUGCAGCUGCAGUCAGUUUGUUGUAGGCCAAAGAAAGGAAAACAACAUUAAGGCCAACACAGUCUUUUUCUCUUUGUGAAGAGGUCUAACUCAGCCUCGUUCUCAUGUUUGUGUUGUUUCUUUAAUUUUAUGUAGAUGUUGUUGACAGAGAUGGCUUGGAUGAUGGUAGGCAGUGAAUUAAUUCUAAAUUUGUUAAUGAUACAGGAAUAGUAUGGAUCAAAUUGUAUGGUGCUGUAUCAAUUCAUUUCAUAUUUUGUGUCACAUAGUAUGGUAUUGUACUCUACUUAUCAUACUGAAAUGUGAUUCUGUCAUUCCUAGAGAAGAAGAAAAAAAAUGAUCACGUAAGUGUCCUCAUAACUGCGUGUCAGUGUGCACAGCUCCAGAUCCUGAAUCUGGUACACGUUGAUAGACUGAUAAACAUUAACGAUUACACUGUCCUACUUAUAAUCACAUUUUCUGGAAUUUAAAAAGACAUCUAUAACUCCUGAGCUGUGGGUUGAAAGAGAAACACACACACUGAGAACAACAGUCGCGUGCAGGUGCACAUGCACUCAUACUAUACAUGCACACUGCAGGGACAUGGCGUCGUAUCUUAGUUUAAAAGUUUGUUCUUGCUUUGUGGAGAAAUGCUAGACUUUAGACUAUUGAUCUGAUCAGUGUCAUUUGUACUUUUCAGUUUGUGCCAGGAAAGCUCUGCAUGCCCCUCCACAUCAGGACAGAGAGCUCAAAGUGGCCAGUUCAUUGGUGUUUGUUGUAGGGUGGUGAAAGAUCUCAGAGAAAAAAGCCGGAAGACCAAAAGCACGAUGAUCAUCUGUACUUGGUUUUUAUUUGUAAUGUUAGAACAUAUAAAUGUGCGAGUGAUUUAGAGUCAUAUUUACUGUUUGGCCUUCUCUGCACCAACCUGUUAGAUGGUAUGUUAUGUAAUGCAAAAGGAUGGUGUGCUGCUCUAACAUGUGUAUGCACAGUUAUCCAUUAGUGUGUUUGUGUGUCCGCAGGGAGCAGAGGAAUCUCUCUGACCUGUGUCUUAACCCCCUGCCGGGUCAUAGGGGUGUGUGUGGUGCUGAUGACCCUGGGAGCCAUCGGAGCGGGCGUCUGGGCCAUAGGUCAGUCCACAUACUCUCACAAUUACACAAACGUAAUAACUGUUAAUUUGUGACACUUUUAGACCUUUACAGAUGUGUGCUGCUUCUUUUUGUCUUUCUGUAGUUACAUAUUGCACGAUGGAGGAAGACACAGGACUGUACGAUGGUGAGUAAAGACAAAGAUGGUUUUGAAUUGACAGAUAGUUGUAUGCAUUGAAGCAAUAAACAUGAGAUUCUAGUGGGAAUCACUGCAGUCUUAAUGUCUAUACCAUAGACUGUAUAUACUAUGGACAACUUGGCUCCGCCUUUUGUCAUUAUAUGAAUUUGAAGCAGAAUUGCUCUCGCUUAUUUCUGCGAUUUUCUCCACUUCCUGGAACGACCACUUGCGCAGUAGCGUUGUACACAUUCGGCAGGAGUGUCGCUGUGAUGACGCUCGGCUGAAACAGCCCAUCCCCUGGUUGAGCUACGCAAUCUUCAUACACCAAUAGGCUGUAUCAAGAGUCAAUCAUAGAAAAGAUGAACCCCUAAUAACUUUUAAAAUGGAGCUGUACAGAAAAAAGAGGACUUGAGCACAAACCAGUCUUACACUAACUACUUGUCAACAUCAGAAGCAGGGGGGAGAAAAAAUUAUAUUUUGUGUAAUUAAUUUCUAAAGUUUGUCCACAACUCCAUAGGGAUCGCUGGAGGAGGCGGGAUUUAUGGCUUAUACUGCAGCCCAUCACUAGAGGGUGCUGUUCUCGGGGUGACUUCACCCAGCGAGGAGGCAGACGGCGUCCAUUCUAUAUACAGUCUAUGGUUUAUACAUGGAUAUUUGUUUGCAAACAUUAUUGGCCAAUGCGGGCCUGUAAGAGAGAUCUUUGUCUCAGAGAGGUAUCAAGUUGAAAAAAACUUGUUUACAGAACAUAAAGAGCAAAAACAAAUUUCAUUGUCGAGAAUAAAUUGAAAUUAUUAUUCAGCUCUGUGGUUCCCAACCAUUUUUCCUUGAAGCUCUCCUGCUUAUAUUUGAGAAAAGCUGAAACUCUCACAGAAAAAUGGAUGCAUUACUGUCAAAAAUAUACUAUUUUUUUUAAAGUUAGCAAAGGUCGUAUGGAAUUUCUUUACACUGUUGUAUCCAAAGAUACUUGAAUAAACUAUUUAGCAAAAGUGCGAGCAUGUUUUUAGUUAAUAUGUGCCAAUCUUAACUGGACACCUUUAAAGCAGACAAAUCCUAGAGACCCCCAUCUGAGGUCUCUUUUCUGGGUAACUUGGAGUGAAAUUGUGUGAACUUCUGAUGGAAAUGCUUUGUUGUUGUCUGUUCUUGUUCAGAAAUCUACUAUAUUGGCUGUUUCCACUCAUGAAUAGCAGCCAUCUCAGAAGUCUGCUCCAUUUAAAGAUGUUUUAUCUAUCUGAAUGUAAAUGACUUUUUUUUCUCGCUUUGAUAAUAGUUUUUCCAUCCCCUGCAGUCCAGGUAAAUUCUGCAGACCAACGUCUCAGGGUGUUUGACCCCGCUCAGAGGAGAUGGCGUCAGGUGUGUUCCUCCUCAGCCAAUGAGCUGCUAGCGAGCAUCAGCUGUGAAGAAGUGGGAUUUGUCAGGUGAGAUAUUUCAACUGUAUUUUGUGUUUUCACGCAGCACAGUUGGAAGCAGGACUAACUUGUGUUUGUUUUCAGUGUGGUGAAUUACUCGGUCACAUUGGUGCCAGAGGCCAGCGGAGACUGUGGAGACUUCUUCUGCGUCAAAGAAAAAGAGCUCAGCUACGGCAAGAAAAUCAAGGACUCAUUGUUCCCAUGGUAACAGACACUUGACCGUUUGAGUCUUCACCUUUCUCACAGCAGUCUCACUGUCCCCUCUGUUGUUGCUCUUUCUGCCUUUUCUUCACUCUCCUAGUUGCAUAACAAAGAAAAAGCUGAAGAUUCACUUGGUUUGGAUGUUUCUAACUCUAAGUGUCUCUCUUUCAGCGACUGUGAGAGCAGGGAGGUUCUUACACUGCUGUGCCAAGGUAAAACAUGAGCUCAGAUCAUCUCUCACUCUAUCUGACACACCAACACACUUCCUUGAUACCCCACUCCCAUGUCUGGUCUCUGUCCACCCACUAAAUUUGGUUUGUCUGCUGUUGCUUACCUUAACUUACCUGCUGACGGUAAACCUCCCUCCUCUCUCUCCUCUGCAGACUGCGGCAGACGUAGUUUUGCAGCAGAUCGUAUUGUUAACGGCGUAGAUGCCAGACAGGGCAGCUGGCCGUGGCAGGUGAGCUUGCAGUAUGACGGAGUUCAUCAGUGUGGAGGAUCCAUCAUUUCAGACCGCUGGAUCGUCUCUGCAGCUCACUGCUUCCCAGAGUAAGCGCUCAAGAUACCGUAAAUCUGCAUGUACCAGUUUGUUUUUGAGACAAGCAGGAUCGACAAGGAUGGAUUAAGACAAAUGGGUGAUAGUAUUUAUAAAUAUUUGUAUUGUUUUUGUCACAGUUUGACUAUGACAUGGGUAAGUAGGUUAGUAAGCAGCUCUAGCAGUGAAAGGCUUCUGCUUAGGACGUCUUUUUGCAUAGUUUGUAAUUACUUACAGUCCUUCGAGCAACUUUGUAAGAUUUAGUUUAAGAAAUGACACCCAACAACUCUUGAAUAAAAAAAUCUGUUUAAGAUUUUGUUAGAGCUACAUUGUGACUAAUGGACUGCAGAUUCUUGCCUUUAACACCUUUUGAUGUCCACAAGUAUUUUUUUCAUGGUCUGCUGAAAACUUGUAAAAAAUUAUACUUGAACUGCAAAUGAACGUCUAAAUGUUCCUAAAAAAACUGUCCUGGGCACACAGAUUUUUUGGAGCCCUACUGAAACCCUAACCCAGAUGUAUUUUUUAGAUCUGUAUGACAUUAGAAGACUGUAUGACUCCUCUUGUGUUACUCUCCGUGUCAGGCGUAAUCGCUUCAUUAAUCGGUGGCGUGUGCUGCUGGGCUCCAUCUACAAUAAACCAGGCAACGGUAACUUAGUGGAGGUGAAGACCAUCGUCUACCACAGCAGCUACCUGCCCUUUGUAGACCCAAAUGUUGAUGACAACAGCAGGGACAUCGCUGUCCUGGCCCUCGCACAGCCACUCGUCUUCAAUGGUGAGGUGCACAAGCACAUACAUGCGUAGUUAUAAACCCAGAAACACUCUGAACAACACACACACACACACACACACACACACACACACACACACACACACACACACACACACACACACACACACACACACACACCUGAGGAGUGGAUUGCAAAAAAUCCACUCUGUCAUAUGAUUAGAUUAUUGCAGAUAUUACUGGGGUUGUUUGUCUUCUUUGUUGUACGGUUACUGUAAAGGGGUUAGUCUUGAUAGGAGACAACCAGGUAACUGUAAUAAGGUAGUAUAACAUUUACACUGAGACCCCAGCUGAGCAGAGAAAAGUACAAACACCAAAAUUUAAUAGUACAAGAACUAAUAUUUACAGAUGUGAUUUGAUAAUCAAAGCAGUUGAUCUGCUGCCAACAUAACUUGUGACAGCUUCAGCAGAGCCUUGAAUAAAGAGCUGUGAAAGUAACUUUAGGUCCUGGUGGAAACACAGAUAAGACUCAGCCACAGGAACCAUUUAGUCCCUUGGAAAACAACACAAUGUUAUGAUGUAGAGCAAAGAAAGAAACUGUUCAAGUCUGACCUCUAGUGUUUGUAUUCCAUAAGUACAAUACAAGCACUAAUGGCACGAGUCCACUGGAGUACAAAUUAGAGAUAUUAAAGACUGUCUGUAAUAGAGGGGUUCCUAUUGAUUGCACAGUUUCAGUGCUGUUGCAAGAUGCUGCAUUUGUGGUAUGAUUUUGGACUUUCCACCGUAUCUAUCUAUCUAUCUAUCUAUCUAUCUAUCUAUCUAUCUAUCUAUCUAUCUAUAUAUAUAUAUAUAUAUAUAUAUAUAUAUAUAUAUAUAUAUAUAUAUAUAUAUAUAUAUAUAUAUAUAUAUAUAUAUAUAUAUAUAUUUACCUCUAGAGGAAAUUUGAAGACCAGGACAACUCAGCAUCACUACAACUCUUAUUAACAAUAACACUCUUGAGGCACAGUUAACCAUAAUCACACAAAUUCAGCCAAAUAAAAAUUUGGUAAAGCUUUAUUCUUUCAUUCAGUGAUUUACCUUGGACUAAGAUAGCAGUGGGUGAAUAUUAUAAAUUUUUAAAAAUGUUCAGCUAAAAAUGAAAAUCAAUGUGUAACAUCCAAUAAUUUCUGCUGUACUCUGAACAAAAAAAAAGGAUUUGAUUCAAAAGCUGUUUGUCUGUAUUAACCCAUCUAUAGUGACUGAACGCUAAUAUAUAAACAGAGAUCUGCUGUCCUGAUGUCUCUAGAUAAAACAAAGAUUUUGACAUGUAAGCACCUCCACUGUCUCUGUCUUUACAUGUCACAUUGGUAUUUGAUUUAUAAUGACCACUAUGGGAUAAUGAUAUUUGUCGAUGUUAUGUGAAGUACUAUUACUUUUCAUGCUGUGUUCACCCAUACUUUUGUUUCUGUGUAGAAUACAUCCAGCCUGUUUGCCUGCCAGCAUACGGUCAGAGACUGGUAGACGGACAGAUGGGAACAGUGACAGGCUGGGGAAAUGUGGGAUACUACGGUGAGUUUGUUUUCCAGCUCAGCGUUAACACACAGCAGAAAAGGAGACGUUGCAUGACAAUUGCUUGCUUUGCAUUUCAUUGGCACAGUUCAGAAGUUGCUAUCACAGCAUUUUUAAAGGACAGGAUUAAGAUAGAAGAUAAUAUAUCUGGUGAUAAUUGGUGUUUAAAAAUGGUUUCCUUAAAUUUCUCACUCUCAGGUCAUCAAGCAGAUGUUCUUCAGGAAGCUCACAUCCCCAUCAUCAGUGAUAAUGUUUGUAACGGUCCUGAUUAUUACGACAACCAGAUUACUACCAGCAUGUUCUGUGCAGGUUAUGAGAAAGGAGGAAUCGAUUCCUGCCAGGUCAGGGUUUGAUUGUGUUUGCUCUGUUACUGGUUGGGUUUCUGGGUUUCUGAUAAGGGAAAUGUGUCAUUGAUUUGUUUUUUGUGUGUUUUAUUUUUUUGAACAUCUGUGGUUUCAGGGAGACAGCGGUGGCCCGUUCGUAGCAGAUGACUGUCUGUCAAAGACAAAUCGAUAUCGUCUGCUCGGGGUGGUGAGCUGGGGGACAGGCUGUGCCAUGGCCAAAAAACCUGGCGUCUAUACCAGAGUGUCCCGAUUUCUGCCCUGGAUAUCUACAGCCAUGAGGGUGAGAGAUUGUUCACUUCUGAUGUCCUCUGCGUUUUCUUUUAAAUGGAAGUUGAAGUAUUUCAUUCAGCACCAUGUUAAAGCUUAAAAAGAAUAGCUGGCAGAGGACAUGUGUGUUUUGUUGAGAUCUAUAGAGUACGAGUUUGUCGAAUCAAGGAAAUAUGAUAUGUUUUCACACAUUUGUUAUGUCAAAACUACAAGAAUAUGGUUGCAUACUUUUUAAAGAGUAUGAAGUUUGAACCACAAAGCUGUUAAAUAUUUUUAUAUUAAACCACACUCUUGUCUCCUCUCUAGAACUACAACAAUUCAGCUGGACUCCACAAAAUGGCCCGGACAUGA